CAGUGAGGAAACACAGGGGACUGUGCUGUUCUUCCCAGUGAGCCGAGCCUCCAAGAAGCAGCUCAGGGGCAAAGCUGUGUGCCCCCCUGGGAGGGGCAGCGGGAAUUCGCAGGUGGAUGUGCCAAGACCCGGUGAGGUAUGCUGGGACCGACAAAGCAGAAAUAGGAGUUCAGAAAGCAACAGAGUGCAGGAUGGACUCUAGAGAGCGCAGAUCCCAUCCCAGUUACACCUGGCAGCGCCAGGUCUCGGACGUCCUGCUAAUUCAGCACUUGCACUUUUUUAGUGCUGUGCCUCCUGCAACUUUUGACAAUGGGAUUGACAUGUGUGAUAAACGUGCCCUUGUCUGCCGUGGGCACUGUGCUCCAUUCUUUCUGUGCCCUUGCCUCGUGCCUGUAAUGCACAGCUGGGCCCCACACAGUGGCUCUGCACCAAAGAGCCCAAGCCCGUGGGACUGAUAAGGCGCUGCGCCUUUGCGCUGGCUAGUGAUUAAAUUGUCUUUAUGUGCUUGCUUUUGCUCUCACUUCCCAUAUUUCAAUUCUAUCUCUUCUGUUUGGCAAUAUUUUGGGGAAGGGGAUGUUUUAAUUUUCUCACGCUGAUCCUGGCUUGAGUUAGCACAGGAGCAAAGACAAGCAAAUAUUUGACACUACAACCCAUGGCAGAUCUCUUCAGUUACAAAUGCACCUGGGUGUUGCUUCUUUCACAAUUACGUUUGCUUUCAUAGGAUGUGUUUUAGCUUAUCACCUUCAGAUAGCAAAGUUCAUGCUUCGUGGCCAGCCAGUAUUGCAUCAGGAAGUGAGAGAGGAGGGAAGAUGAACUGCAACAUGGCAGACAGAGACUGGCUGUGGUACGGUAGGGAGCAGCUGUGACUCGGAUGAACAAGUAGCCAGACAGUCUGCCUGCUCUGUUUUGAUUCAAGCUGAUUGCAGUUUUGGUGCUCAAAUUGAAAUCGCUACAGUGGCAGCAAGCAUUAGACAGCAAGCCCACGUGCAGCCCCAGCUCUUCGCCAGCAGAGAGAUCUACUAAGUCAGCUUCCGCAGUUUAUGGCUUCAUCUGCACUGCUCUGCUCACUUGCCACCCUGAUGCUGAGCUCUCUGUCUGCAUCCACAGGGCAACCCUGGAGUGCCCCAGGGCUUAAACAUGAGGAACUGUGCUGACUUUCAACAAUCAGCAAUGACCCUCCAUCAUGUCAGCAUCCCCAUAAUCGCUGGAAAUUAUUGCUGAGCUAGAGGUGACUACUUUACCAUCCCAAUCAGAUAACCACGGACCAGCAAGUCAAGGCGGCACCAGCCAAGAGACAGACAAGCCCAUCAGCUUGCGGAUGAAGGGAGUGACCUGCUCAUCGCUUCCUAGAGGGGAAUGACUUGUCUCAGUUCUUUUCUUUGCACCUCCUUAGCCUACCAGCAGUCUCAGCCAUCUCACUGAGACCCUCUCCUGUUCCCUGCUGAGCAUGUUACCUGCCAAUGUGUCUCAGCCUUGCAAGGAUUACCGCUUCAGCCACCACCUCCUUCUGCCUGGCUACAUCCUGAUCUUCAUUACGGGUUUGAUGCUCAAUGUGAUGGCCCUCUGGAUCUUCAUGCGCUGCCUGCGUCUGAAGUCUGUGGUGAUGAUCUACAUGUUCAACCUGGCCAUGAGUGACCUCAUCUUCACACUUCCUCUGCCACUGCGACUCUACUACUAUUCCAACCACCACUGGCCCUUUGAUGACUUUCUGUGCCAGGUCUCUGGCUCUGUCUUCCAGAUCAACAUGUAUGGUAGCUGCCUCUUCCUCAUGUGCAUCAACCUGGACCGCUACAUUGCCAUUGUCCACCCGCUCCGCUGGCGGCAUCUGCGGCGCCCCAAAGUGGCCAAGGUCCUUUGCCUGAUUGUCUGGAUUAUGAUCCUCAUGGGCUCCAUCCCCACAGCCAUGGUCCACAAGCAAAACCACUGUAUGACACAAAACCAGACCAUUCAUCUGUGCUUUGAAAGCUUCAGUGACAACAUGUGGCAGAACAACCUCUUCCCUCUAGUUGUCCUGGCUGAAAUCCUGGGUUUUCUCCUGCCUCUGAGCUCUGUGAUGUACUGCUCGAUUCGGAUCUUUUGGGAGCUCUGCCAGGCCAGCCAGACAAGGACCCUGCGACAGCAGAAGACCAUCCGUCUCCUCUUGGUCAAUCUGGUCAUCUUCAUCAUCUGCUUUGUGCCCUACAACACUACCCUGGCAGUUUAUGGGAUGAUAAAAGCCCACAUACUGAAGGUUGAGAAACAAACACAAGCCUCUGUGCGCCAAGUGCUAAUUGUGACGAUGCUGUUGGCCAGCAUGAACUGCACGCUGGACCCCCUGAUCUACUACUUUAGCACUGAGGGUUUCCGAAACACCUUUAAGAAACUGCAGCGGGGACAAGCCUGGGACUCAGAUAUAGGGAUGCCAAAGAAUCAGGUUAUGGAAGAUAAGUCCCACCAAGUCUAUACUUCCUCAAAAGUGAAACAGUUUCCAGCUGACAAUUUUAUCCAUCUCAGUGAAUCUUUGCCAUCACUUCCUACUACACUAUUCCUGAAUGCCCCUAUUGAGGACUCAGAAACAUAACCACAGAAAGGUCAUGUCAUUGCUGAGUUGCAGAGUGGCCCAUUCAAUAGUUAAAAUAAGAUGGUGGGAAACAGGUCAGGGUAAAAUAGCAAACUGUUUGAGGGAGAGAGCACAGCAGGCUGUAUGUGGGUGAACUUGGUGAGACAAAGAGGAAGGAUGAAAGGUUGUUUUGAAUAAAUAUGCUGGUGACAUGGUCCCACCUAAAUCUUCUGGUACAGAAGACAUACAGUGGGAAACAAGUGCUUGAAACAAACCUAAUGUGUCUAGUUCUGGUCAGCAUUGAUUCCUAUAGCAAGUGCAUCCUGUGUGAGCACCUCCUUGCUGCACAAGUAACUAGAAGGUGAAACGGUUGUUGGAAUAAUUAGAACACAGUUAUGGUACUCAUUGCUGACAGAGUAAAUUUAGUAGUAAAAACUGAGGAAAACUUUAUUUUUUUUAACUUUGACUUUUUUAACUGUUGCUUCAGUUUGAGUCCUAAGUCCAGUUUCGGGCACCAAUUAAGUGAUUUAAUCUUCAAAAAGUGUUGAAGCAUCUAGCAGCCCUUGCUGAGGUCAAGGGAACAGCUGAGUGUUUAGUACUCUUACAGAAAAUAGGUUCCUAAAUGUAUAGUAAGUCACAGACCUUAGCAAAGCAAUGUUUUGGCAGUAUGUCAAAUGUACUUGUGCAGCUGCACAUACAGACACACAUGCAGCACAAUGGAGUAUACAUUUACCUAAGGCAAAAGAAACACUUGCAUUCUUGAAAAUACACCCAGAAUUCAUAAUGGCCACAGAAACAGAGGGAUACCAACUAAUGCCACUUCUGAAGAUUAUAUAGACAUUAGUGCUUUGCAGUUUUUCUUGUCACUUAGCCACUGGGUGCUUUUCAUUCCCAGAGAGAAAUGAUAUUACAGAAUGAGGCUGUGGUGAAAUAUAUUUGCUUGCACUGUUUGUACAUGCUUUUCAGCCUGCACUGUAGACUAAAGCCCUGUAAAUCUCCCCAGAAGUGAGAGAGACAACUAUACACAGGCAACGCCACAAACCAGUUAUCCACUGCUGCCAAUGUCCAAGGCUCACCUUUCUACCAGUACUACAACAGAACCUUUCUUUGGCUUCCAGCAGGAUUCCAAAAAGCAAUACUAGGUUAUCCUGAAGUGGAUCCAUUACAGUAUAUAUGAAUUUUUUAAAUGUUAAAGGAAAGCAUCUAGAAAUGUUGUGCAGAGUAAAGUCCAAGUCUCUAUAGCAAAGAAUCACAUUUCAAGCCCUCACCCUGUGACUCCUGUGGGAAAAAAGCGAUGGCAAUGCAUGAUAUUUUUGUGUUACAAUACAGUUUAGGAGAUACAGGGAUUCAAAUCCACCUUUCCAGUCUCCCUUGAAGACCUGUCCUGCUUUAACGGACCACUAUAGAUGCAAGCAGCUAGAUGGUGAACCUCUCCACCAAGAGAUCUUUGUGCCACAGGCUGUUUUGGGAGACAUAUGUUCUAGGGAGGCCACCUACGUCCCCGUUUCUCAGCACAUGAAUCACCAACAAACUAGUGUUGAACUAAGUCAGCAGAUGAAAGACAUUUAAUGGUGUCUGAGAGAUGCAGUGAGAGAGAUGGAGGAAGGCUUGAGGGAGAAUAGGUAUUUCUGUUUUGAAAAUUCAAGACUGUGACAUGAACAUGAAUCGCCUGUGAAAUAAUGCAGCUGGAAAGGAAACAAACCUGAGUGCAUACCUUUUGUUGGGGCAUGAUGUUACUCUUUCAUUCUGGAACUUAUGGGGUAGAGGAGUGAUGUUACAGCAGAUGCACUACUGCCCAUUUCCGUAGCUGCCUCCACCUUCCUCCUCCUUAGACGCUUUUCCUUGUCCCUUUUCCUCUGGUCCUGUCUCCCUUCCACAGAUUCUUCACGGAUUCACAGAAAUAUUUGGGUGGGAAGGGGCCUCUGGAGCCGUUCACAGCAGACUGUCAGGGAGCAGCAAGGGCUGGCUGUUCCCUAAAGGAAGGGGAGUUGGGAGCCAAACAUGAUAGCAGCACAGGCAAAGGAAGCAGCCUCACCAGUAAGGGCCCCAUCCCAAAGUACUUGAGCAAGGUGAGCAGAACAGGCAUGUUGACGGUAGCCAGGUUCAGCUAAGAAUCCAGAUGUUCAGACAAGUCCAUGGUGACAAGGCAGCUCCAAGUUCAGACUUGGUCAAGUCUGCAAGUCAGCAUCAGGAUCAGGUCUGUAGACAGUAACCAGAGUAAGCCAGAGUCCAGUAGUCACCAGACAAGUCCAUGGUGACAAGGCGGCCUCUGGUCAAGCCAGGAAGUCUGCCCACAGGUCUGGAUCAGGGUCUGGAUCAAUGUGAUACAUAGCCAGGUACAGGCAGGGCUGUAAUGCAGCCUCAGUACAGCUAGAGGGAACUAAGAACAAGAGACCAAACUUAAAAGCAGCUCCCAGGGACAAGGCGGGGUCAGCCCUGAAUAAGGCCCCCAACAGAGCUUUCUGGAAGCUCCUCCCAAAGUCACCAGAGGGAAGGGGCAGCCCUCAGCUGCACUAUCUCUAACUUGGUUCCACACUCACACAGCUCCAGGCCCAGGAGGGGGUAGGAUGCACUCAGAGCCCUGAACUAAUGCCAAAGCUGGAUCAGGUUGCUCAGGGCCAUGAGUCCUGAGUAUCUUCAAGGAUGGAGAUUGCCCAGCCCCUCUGGGCACCUGUGCCAGUGCAAACCACUUCCAGGGGAGAGUUUUUCCCUUAUGUCUAAUACAAAUUUCCCUUGUUGCAAGUCA